AUGGCUACCUCCAGUGUCCUUACUUUUGAUGCUGAGGGCCGUGCCGUUGACUUUGAGGUCUGGGUCGAUGACCUCCAACUGUUUCUCCAGUGCGAUAGGGCAGACGGACUAUCUCUGUUCGAUCUCACCUCUGGUGUCUCUCCUGCCCCGCCUGCUACUGCUGACAGUAGUGUUCGCUCACAGUGGGCCACACGCGAUGCUGCUGCUCGCCUUGCCAUGCGUCGCCACUUACCGACCACUGAGCGUGCACACUUUAGCCAGUACAAGAGUGCUCACACCUUGUACGACGCUGUAGUUGCACGCUACUCUUCCCCUGCCACUGCUGCACUGAGCCGCCUCAUGCUACCGUACCUCUUCCCUGACCUUGCUGCCUUUCCCACAGUCGCUGACCUCAUUACGCACCUGCGCACUAGUGACACUCGCUACCGCGCUGCGCUUCCUGCUGAGUUCUGCGCCAAGAACCCCCCCCCCCCCCAUUUGGUUUCAAGUCGGUCGGCGCUGCGUCUGCCCCAAGCGGGAGACGCCGCUCUGGCAAGGGCAAGGGGGGCAAGGGCGCUGGAGGGGGUGGCGGGGGCGGUGGAGGUGGUGGUGGAGGCAGUGGAGGGGGUGGGGGUGGUGGUGGGAGUGGUGGCGGGGGUGGCGGCGGCGGCGGCAGCAAUGGAGGCGGAGGAGGCGGCGGUGGUGGCGGAGGGAGCGGAGGCGGCGGAGGUGGCGGAGGAGGCCGAGGUGGAGGAGGCGGCGGAGGCGGCGGCGGCAGCAGUGGACCUGGUCGCGGCUCUGCGUAGAGGAGUGGCUCCGGCGCUAGUACUCGCCAGCAGCAGCAGAGUAGUCGUGAGACCCUGUCUCCUCAGCAAGUUCGUGAGUGGUACGCUGCGCGUCAGCACGUGCGGGGGCCCGCACUCCACCCAGCGCUGCUUCAGCCGCUUGACGGACGCGUGGCUUCACCAGUUCCCUGGGGCCUCUGAGAUCCCUCGCUGGGGAGAGCUGUCUAGGGCAGGGGUUGCUAUCUUUGAUCUUGAUUUUGAUGCUAUUCUUUCUGCCAUGUAUGCUGUUGAUGAUAGUGUUGCGGGUGACUGUUACCUGUGUGUACCGCCUGACCCGGGCAUUGAGGUUGCUGCUCGAGGUGCUAGUGCGUCUACUGCCCCAUGUGCUAGUGCGUCUGCUGCCCCAGGUGCUGGUGAGUCUGCGCUCUCAGGCAGCCCCCUCUGGCAUCCUGUCACGUCUCUACCUCCACUCAGUCUCUACGAACUUGAUGAGUCGAGCGGACCUACAGGAUAG